CGACGAAUGUCUUGUCGAUGGUCAUGCAAACAGGAGCGGGUUCAAGCCCGAAAAGCCCCUUUUUCCGCCCCACACCUUAGCUUAAUCCACCGCUGACACUUACCCGCUCCACCUACCCCCAUCGCGCCGGUUGGGCAGUCCAUGCCCCAGCUUGAUGUCGCACAACCUCCGGUCGAGCUCGUCCGCCACUGCCACUUCCCCAGCAAGAAUAAGCCCCUCGAGUGCUGCAUCGGACGCCAGGUCUCACGAGGGAUCUGAUACGGGGAGGAAUCUUACUGUCAAAGUCACUCCUCCCGGUUCGCUAUGCGGCUCGCCUGGGCCUGAGCCCAAUCACGGCUUACUCAACUCGCCUUCGAAAGAACUGCAGACGGAGCGGUCGUUGGUGAUACAGCGAUUCGGGCUCGACAAUCCUUCUCUGUGGCCGCUGGCGGACCGAUAUGCUCGGAUCGCGCACGCGCUCUUCAAGGCUCCAAUUCUCAUAUUGCUGAUUCACGAGAACAUGCAGUUAGUGCUUGCUGCGGUGGCAUGUAAACACAAGCCGAGGGAGUCUCUGGUCUAUCGGGAAUCUUUGUGCUCACAUACCGCACUCCGCACGGAUGGGACACUGCUGGAUAUCCCCGAUACCCAACACGAUCGGCGAUUCGAGCACAUUCCUGAUCUUCCCCGGUCGUUUGCUGGACAACCGCUUUUGCUUCCGCUCGAAGAUGGGGGGCCACUCGUGCCCUUCGGCUCGUUCGCUGUCCUCGGAACGACCGUUCGAAAUGAACUGUCGCAGCAAGAACGCGAAUCAUUAUCUGAUCUGGCGCACCUGCUCAGCACCGAAGUGCUGCGUGUAUUCAAUGAGAGCCGGCACCGCAAGGAGGCUUUGCGACGGAAUUUCGUCUCGGAUCUCAUUGCCGACCUGUCCAGCUUUCAUUCCAACAUAUCACCGCCUGUCGAGGCCCGGGACUCACGCGUGCCCCCUAAUCUCGAGGCUGGGUUCCGGAUGCUCUCCGCGACGACUGACGUCAGGCGGAUGCUCGAUUCGGAUUUCACCUGCCUCCUUGAUCUGUCGUCAUUCCACGUCUCGUGGCUCGCACUCGAGUCUCCGCGCAAGCAGGUCACGCGGACGGUGUCCCGGUCGAAACAUGGCUGGAUUGGGACGAAUCAGCGGAUCUCGUCGCUCCCGUCGGACGGCGACGACGCCAAGGCCGAAUCUGCAGGGAUCCGGAUCAUCGACUACAGCUGCGGCUCGCUGUGCCCCGACUUUGCACCGGAAGCGGUGCUGGCCACGCCCCGUGCCAUCCAUGUUCUGACGACGUUUUUGCGGUCGUAUGCUGAGAAUAACUCGGGAACAGGCUACACGUACACAGGAACCGACGGGCCCCUGCAGGCGAUCCUUCCUCCAGGAUCUAAUGCCCAUAUUGCGGUGCCGCUGUUUAACAACGCUCAACCGGCCCUGCUGCUCAUCGUCGCGACCGUCAAAGCGCGUCAGGUUUACGAACCCGCCGACGUCUCGUUCGCAUCCACCUUCGCGGUUUUGUGUCUCGGGAGCUUGGCGAAGACCAAGCUGAUCAAAGCGGAUGCCGCCAAGACCGCCUUCGUGUCGAUGAUCUCGCACGAGCUGAGAACGCCUCUGCACGGCCUCCUCUCGCAGCUCGAGCUGAUCCGCGAGUUUGCGCCGAAGGAAUACCAGGCGGAGACGGAGACGUUCCUGCGCACCGCGGAGGUCUGCGGGCUGACGCUGCGGGAUGUGCUCAACGACGUGCUGGACUUUGGCAAGCAGGAGAACAGCAGCGAUGUCCAGACCCAAUCGGCGGAGAGCGAUCUGAGUCAUCUGGCGAUCGACGUGAUGAACGGCGAUUGCCUAUGGCCGUCGGCGCCAGUGGCAGUAUGUCACAGGAGAAGCAGAUUCUCCGGUGGAAGUCAGCGUCGAAACCGAGACUUCCCCGUCGAAUUGGAAUGCCAUCGUGUUCAGACGUCGGAGGCCUUCGUAGGUCGGGUGCUUCUUAAUCUCGCUUCCAAUGCGCUCAAGUACACGCCCAAGGGCUCGAUCACGCUUAGUCUGCGCGAUCUGGGCCCAGCUCGUGACCGGCAGCCAGAUGGCCACCGCCUGAUCAAAUUCUCGAUGAAGGACACUGGCAUCGGCAUGAGCGAAGAAUUCAAAAAAGAUAUCUUCACCCCAUUCAGCCAGGAGAGCUCGUUCAAUCCGGGCUCCGGGCUCGGAAUGAGUAUCUCUAACACGAUCCUGCGGCGCAUGGGCGGCAAAAUCGCGGUCGACAGUGAACUCGGCAAGGGGACUGUGAUUUCUUUCACGAUCCCGGUGGAGUUCACGCGUCCCCGGAGCACCGAUCUCCCAGCCUCGCCCCGGGUGCUGACCAAGACACUCAUCUCGAAAGACGAGGCGGACCCGGAGCCUACCGCGUCGAGAGCAACGCCGAGUCCGCCGGAAACGCCGGUGCCCACUCCCCCGGCGACCCCGGACCCAGCCGUCGCGCGUGGCGCUGAAGCGAACCGUGGGGCGGCGGGGGCGGCAGCGAGCGAGUCGUCGCAAAUUCGCGUGCUUGUUGUGGACGACAACCAGAUUGGGCGCAAGAUCCUGACGACGCUGCUGACGCGCAAGGGCAUCCCGUUCCGCGAGGCGAGCGACGGGAGCCAGGCGCUGGAAGUCUACAAGGAGUUUCUCCCGCAUCUCGUAUGGACGGACGUGAGCAUGCCCGGUAUGAACGGGAUCGAAUCCGCACGCAGAAUGCGCAUCGUCGAGCACGAGCGCGGGCUGCGACCGGCUCACAUCGUUGCGCUGACAGGGAUGUCGUCGAGCGGGGAGAUGAAAGAGGGCCUGCUUGGGGACGCCGCUCUCGACGAGUGGCUCGUCAAGGGCCAGGCCAGCCUCAAGACACUCACGGGCAGCCUCGAAUCCGUCCAGCGCUCGCUGCGGCGCAGGUGGAGACCUCCAGCGUCGGCCAUGCCAUGAUUUGGGUUUGUAUUGGUGUAAUGGGAAUAUAUUCGUUUUUAGAUCUGGCGAACCUAGUCUGUAAUCUUUCCACGUAACGUGAUGUACUGGUUGGGGAUGAGGAUACACGUAAUCCCCCGAGCCAUUGGCUCCUGUAUGAACGUCCACAUCGAGCGCACAUCCAAACCCUUGGUUGCAACACAAUUCAGCAUUCCACAUGGGUGUAUGGGUGGCUUCGGCCUCCGCCCUGUGAGACCUCGCCAUGCACCCGCAACGCCAACGCUGCUUCCCGCUUCGACAUCGCGAAGAAAAACAAACGUGAAACGUGGGACGGAACCGUCGGCGCCCGCUUCCAGCCUUCCACGCGGGACCGGGGUUGGCCCACGCACCACCAACGUUUCUCCGCGUCCGAAUCGAGCGAGAAACGCACAGGGUCCUACGUGGACUCAGAAAGAAAAAAGAAGAAAGGACUUGGAAGAGGAAGGGUGGAGCAGCCGAACAUGCCCGCCUCUGAUGAUCCUUGGUACCCGCGAGAGAACCUCGUAAGUCGAAAUGACACGCGGGAGCCACGGCGGCGGCGACAACGUCAAUCAAUCAGUGGCUAUACGCCCGCGUCAAGCGCAUCACGAGGUCUCCGUCACUCUCCGUCCCAUCUGCGAACCCAUCAUGGCCCACAAGUGGAAUUGCGCCUCGCUGCGAAUCCCAGAUUGACGCCGGGUAGCCACGCCGAGCCACUCUACAGCCGCACGGGCACCACGCCCAUCACGAAUCGUGAUCAAGCCACCCACCACCACCCUCGGUGCAUG